AUCAUGCAUUUGCUGGUUAUAAGAUUGAGAGGUUCAGCAAAAUGGGAUCGAAGAUGCAGCGAAACAUUGGAAUCGUCACAAGGCUACCCUGAUUUGAACGACAACCACCAUGUCUUUGCUACCUCAAAGUGCCGGUUAUGCGACCAUUUUGGUCGGCGGCGUCUUCUUCGCUGCGCUAAUGAACGUGAUUACUUGGCUGCAAAAACGAUAUACGAAUUUCCAUCCGGGCAGGGUAGAGGAGUUCUCUUCGGCUUCUAGGUCCAUCAAGACUGGAAUGUAUGCAUGAGUCUGCUGCAAGCAUUCUAAAUAUGGCUAAUUCAUCUAAAGGUUGUCAGUUGGCAUCGCCUCUGCAUGGAUAUGGGCUGCAGUCUUUUUGCAAACAGGAACCCUGACCUUCCUGUAUGGCGUCUCCAUUCCAUACUGGUUUGGGAUGGGAGGAUUUGUUGGUAUGGUCCCUGAGUACACCUAAGUGGGCAAUAGGAAGCUUAUCAAGCACAGAAAUCGCUGCUUUUGCGUUUAUUUCGUCGAAAAUAAAGGCCAAUGCCAGCGGCGCCUCUACGUAAGCCUGUUCAACGCUUGAAGAUACAAAGCACAAAUUGAUCAACUCUGAACAGAUAUCUCCAGGUGGCCAAAGUUCGCUUUGGGGUUGUUGGGCAUCUUGCAUACAUGUUUGCUGCUCUCGUGGCCAACUUUGUGGUGGGCAGCGAAAUCCUCAUCGGUGGUGGAGGAGUCAUCGCAGGCAUGACUGGAAUCAGUCAAUAUGCUGCUGUGUGGCUCUUGCCCCUUGUGAUCGUCGCUUACGUCUUGACCGGUGGGCUGAGGGCUACCUUCGUGGCUGACUAUCUCCAUUGCGUUAUACUCUUUUCUUGUCUCCUUGUCCUUGUCCUGGCAACCUACACGAGGGGCGACACAAUUGGCUCGCCUGGAAGACUCUAUGAUCUUCUCCUUGAAGCCUCCGCGGCAAGCCCAGCAAUCGGUAAUGCGCAUGGAUCCUACUUGUCCUUCCGAAGUGAUGGUGGCAUGUACUAUGCAGUGACUGCGGCCACGUCAUUUUUCGGCCUGUCAUUCUGUGAUCAGGCUUACUGGCAGCGGAGUAUCGCCGCUCGGCCUGCGGGGACCAGCAAGGCCUUCAUCUUCGCUGGAUGCUUCUUCUUUUCUGUGGCUCUUGGAAUUGGUUCUUCGAUGGGUCUAGCUGCAAGAGCUCUGGUGGCACAUCCAUCUUUCCCAACUUAUCCGGAAGGGCUUUCGUUGGCAGAGAUUGGCGCGGGGCUUGCCGGACCUUAUGCAAGUGUGGCAAUCCUUGGCCAGGCUGGACCUGCCAUGUACAUUAUCAUAGCAUUCAUGGCAACCACCUCCGCCCUGUCUGCUCAGUUGGUGGCGGUAUCGACCAUUUUCUCCUACGAUCUCUACCGCGAGUAUAUCAACAAGUCUGCAACGAACGCCCAGAUGAUGAAGGCCAACCAUAUUGUUGUGGUCCUCUGGGCUAUCUUCCUCGCCAGUAUCGACACAGCUUUCGUGCAUAUCGGUCUAGAUCUCAACUUUCUUUUCUAUCUGAUGGCAGUCUCAACUUCUGGAGCAGUCUUCCCGAUUGGUCUUUUGAUGUGUUGGACCCGAUUGAAUAAGACAGGUGCCAUUCUAGGCGUUAUUGGUGGUUUGGUGAUGGGUAUGGUCGGAUGGCUGGUGACAGCUGUGACGACGCAAGGAAGUAUCACUAUAACGACUCUGACCGACAGCAAGGUUAUUCUUGCGGGCUCGCUUUCAGCCUUGGGAACUGGAGCCAUCAUACCUAUUAUGUUUUCGCUCAUCAAGCCUGCUUCUUUUGACUUUGAGCUUACUAGAGCCAUCGGUCGCGGCGUGGCAGUAAAGGAGCCACCGACUCCGUCAAACGCAUCGCACGCAUCGAAUGAGAAGGUCCCUCAACAAAGUCAGAGCCACUUGCUCACCGCAAAGGAUCUGUCUCUCGAGCCUGCUCUCGCUCGCGUUGAAGGUGGGGGUCAGACUGACGAGUCUGAAGCGCAGUACGCCAAAGAAAUUGUCCAGCUGGAGGCGUCGCAAACUCGUUUCCGCAUCAUCACUGGGCUCUUCCUACUUGUCAUCCUUGUCCUCAUUCCUGCUCCACUCGCCGGUACCGCAGUGGUCUAUCCUCGAGGCCUCUUCAUUCUUCAAUGCGUCGCCGCGGCGACCUUUGUUCUCGUAUCUCUCCUACUUAUUACUUUUUGGCCUUUGUUCGAGUCAGGCAAACAGUUUGGUGUCAUUCUUGGCCGGAUCAGCCGCAACGAACGCCUAGACAUCAAGCAACAGCCGCAGGAGUAAUGUCUUCCUAGCUAUAACAGCGGGCGAUUGCCAUUCAUCAGAGAUUGGCGUGAGGAGACGAGUAGCUCGAGUCUCAAUCGGAAACUGUCGUUCCUAUAAAGUAACUUAUUAUAAGAGUGCCUUAAUAGAUUAAUAGGACUAUAUACUUAAUACUCAGAGAUAGUAGCUAGCCGUUAAGUAAUAUGAGAAAUGUCAUGAA